GGUUACUUUACCUUUAUCUUAUUUAAGAAGGGGAUACGCAGAGGCGGCGCUAGGCGAGGGCGACAUGGGCCACCGCCUACGGCCUCGCGGUCCGAGGAGACUCGCGCCUCAAAUACAUAUAACUGGGAAGCAACGUAAAAAAAUAUUCGUUAUUUCUUGCGCCACCAGAAGGCAUCGUUAAAUGUACCUUGCCCACAUCAAAUUUUGGUCUUGCCCCGCCACUGGGGAUACGUAGGAGGGUCUUGAAAGAAUAGAGAGAGAAUAGAUUAUUUAUCACAAGAAUAUUUCUCGGAAAUUAUGAGAUAUCGUUAACGACCUAAAUAGAAACAGAGCUCCAUUGUGUCCUAAAAAUACUCUUUUUGACACAGUACUUGCCAACGGCACAUGAAGAGUACCUACUACGUAUUAAGUGUACGACGUUUACGAAAUAUAAUAUUAAAGUGAUUCCAGCAAAAAGGUGAAACUAUCCCCGAAGCAAGUGCAAUUCUUUCAAGACUACGGUUACCUCCAAUUGCCCGGAUCUUCACUGAGAGGAGUUAGUGAAGAUGGCUCAGGAAUACGGCAGGCUGUUCCGAGAGAAGAAUAACCCGAAGAUGGAGACGUCGUGGCAGUGGAAGCUGAUGAGCAAGGCGGCAGAUAACGAGGAAUAUUCCGACUACCACUACUUCCCUUACAAGAACGACUCCAUGACCGCAGCGUUCAUCAACUUGGACGACGCCGACCCUGAGAACGGCGGGCUGUGCAUCCACCCCCGCUCACACAAGUUCGGCCCGAUGAAGGACGUCGGCACAAUUGAGAAAGGACAGGCCUUCCAUUAUAUGGACCCAAAAGAAUGGCCAAUCGUCGCCAAGAGGAGGGGAUGUCAUCUUCUUCUUAUACUUGACGCUGCAUAGCAGCUAUCGUAAUCUCUCCGACCGCGUGCGCCGCAUGCUGCUUAUCCAGGCCUACGAUGAGCCCAUCAAGUACACACACAGGAGCAAAACCUGUACACGCCACUCACCGUCAGCUCGCCACAAGCUGCCUCCGCGGGCAGAUUUUUUUUUUCUUUCUUGCGAUCGAAAAUUGAUCGAUCACACGCACUACCUCCCUACUUAUUGCAGGGUUUUCUAUAUGACAGUUUUCAUUUUUCGUAUUUAUGAAAUACUUAUAAUUUAAACACCACAAAGCGGUGUGCAUGAUUGCAGGUGACAAUUUAAAAAACACAAAUCUGUAUCUAAGGAUAGGUGCUUCAGGUGUUUUAUAAAUAAGAAUUAAGGUAAAAUACAAUACAACAUAGAACAUA